AUGAAAAAAGCAUUGCUUCUUGUAUUGGUGAUUGUGGGCAGUCUGGCAACAGAAUUUGAUGAUUAAAUUGCUGAACUCGAAGAAACUCAAUUUGGAUAAACUAUUUUACAAACAAUUCAGAUGGAGAUGUAAACAGAUGAUCCAGUUGUCUCUAAUUUGGUGGAUAUUAUGCAACAUUUAGAACAAACAUUAGAAGGAGAACAAAAACGAGAUGAUGAGAGAAUUGUUAGGUUCAAAUAAAACUGUGAUAUUGCUUUGAGUCAAUUGACAGAAAUAAUUAAUACAAGCACUGUCACUUCACUUACUUUGAAGAGUGAUUUGGAUUCAUUAAACCCAUAGAAAGUGUAAGCAGUUGCGAGUUUGGAGAGAAAGAAUCUAGAAAUUGCAGAUUUGAAAGCAGAAUUAGAUUAUUAGACAUUAAAGAGACAAAAGGAAUCAGCUACUUAUUAAACAAUUCUAGACAAUCUUGAAUAAGCAUUAUUCGGAGUUAAUUAAGUCAAAGGAUACUUCAAUAAAUACUUGGAUGUAUUGGUCAAGAAUAGAAAUAGAUUCUAAUAACCUUAACCAUCAUUCCUUUAAGAAGACUUCAGUUUCUAAUACAAUGAUGAAGAUGUCGAAGAAGAUAUUGAUUCUAAGGGCAUCUCUUCAUUUGCUUAGGUUGCUCAAAAAGUCAAUAAAUUAAAGCACCAUGUAAUCAAUAACAAUUACUAUUAAAGGUUCAUUUGGAAGGUUAUAAAUCCAUGAUUGAAAUUCUUAGUCAAUUGGCUAGCAAAGCAUAAACUUCAGCCGAUGAACCAAGUCAAUGCGAAGUAUUAACCAGAAAGGUCUUGUCCAUCCUUAAAUAAAUCGAAAAUUACAUUUAAUCAGAAAGAAUCAGAGAAGAUCAAGCUGAAAAUCUCAGAUAAAGUUCCUAUGAGGAUUUGAGAACUCUCUUGUCUGAUUAAUUGGUUAAGGCCAAUCAAGACAAAACCUAUAUGGAAGGUAUCAUUAUCAUCAUUAAUUUCUAUCCCAGGCUUGAUUGAUUCCUUAUCAAACAGAAUUCAAUAAGCUAAAAAUGAAAAAUUCGAAGUGGAUCAAAAGAUUACCACCAAAUCCAAAGAGAAGGAAAACAGAGAAAACGAUUGCAGAUUGAAGAGACAAGAAUAUGAAACUGACACUGCUAGCAGGUAUUAACAUUAUAUAGAUAAACCUAGAAUUAAAUAAAAGAGAUCCGUUGCUGUAGCCGUCGAUUUGAUUUCUUCGAAACUAGGAUAACUUAAGAGAAAAUUAAUAGCAAAUUGAUUAGAAUCAUUAUUAAAAUACAGCUAGA